AUGGGGUUCGCGAUCUGCGAUGAGGCCUUUAAGCCACUUUUCCAAUUCAGCUUUUGUUCAAAUACUACUUGUAACGAUCAUUUAGUAGUUGGUUCAGCUAAUGGUUUGCUUUUAUUCUUGGAUGGAUGUGAUGAUACUCUUUUCGUAUGCAAUCCAAUUACAAGGGAAUAUGUCGAGAUUCCUCGUCUUCCUAAGCGUGGCUGCAUAGCUGGAUUUGGAGUGAGCAAAAUAAGUGGACAAUACAAGAUUUUAUGCCGUGAUCAAAUUAGGUCGUACCAUGUAUACACUCUAGAAAGAGGAGGAGGCUGUUGGAGAAGAAUUGCAGGGCCGAAGUUCUACCCUAGAAUGCCUUGGGGAAAUGUUAUAUUUUUUAACGGAUAUCUUCAUUGGUUGGCAUCUGAUUUGAAGGAGAGUCUCUUCGUUUGUUGCUUUGAUCUUGAAACCGAGGUCUUUACAAAGUUUUCUCUCCCUCCUCGUGAUAAUAGUAAUGAUCCUGUGAAAAAUUGGUGCCAUGUGAGAGGCGACUAUGAGCUAUGUGUUUUGGAAGGUCAGCUAUGCGUAUGCGAUAGUUUAAAAUCAACUGGAAUUGUGAUCUGGUGGAUGAAAAACUAUGGGGAUACGAAUUCUUGGGUAAAGGCAUGUAGGAUCAACCGACCACAAAUCGGUGAAGUUAUUUUCCCGCUCAAACUUUCUGCAAAUGGUGACUUGUUGUUUGCCAUUAAUACAGAUAAUCAACUAGUUACCUACAACCACAACACUGAUGAAUACCUUGUGAACAAUUCUUUUCUUGACCGUUCCAACGAUCAUGUUUACAAUAUCAUCACUUAUAUCCCAAGCUUUCUCUCGCUCACAGCUAUGGGGAUUUGCAAUGUUAAGUCAUUAAGUUUUUGUAAGGAUCAUGUACUUUCAUAG